AUGGAGACGCUUUACACGGGAGCGAUCCACGGGUUUUCCCAAACGAACGGCGGGCUCGCUAAUGGAAUUUCAACGGGAAUCGCCAGCUCGUUCGAUCAGGACGGCGUUUUGAGUCUCAUCGUCGUCCUCGGCGGAAGCCUGUCCCUGGUAGCGCUGGUCUUCGCCUUCAUUACCUACAGCCUGUUCUCGGACUUGAGGAGCCUGGCAGGCACGACUCUUAUGAAUCUCUUGGCAGCCCUCUUCAUGGUUCAACUGCUCUUCAUCGUUGGAGUGGGUGGUGUUCAGGAUUCGGAGCUGUGCAUUUCCCUUGGGUUCAGCCUGCAGUAUCUUCGGAUGACGGUGGUUUGUUGGCUGGCCGCGAUGUGUCAUCAUCUUUACGCCACCGUUGCCUCGAUCCCGCGUCGCGACGACCCGCCAACCUACCUCAAGUACAGCGUCUUCGCCUGGGGUGCGCCCUUCCUGAAUCUCGGCGUCGCCGCGUUUCUACAGAUCACAGAAACGAACGACAUAUGGAACAUCAGGGACCUUACACCUUUCAACUGCUGGUUUCUGGGAACAAAGGCAACGAUUUACGCUUACGGUUUGCCCGUCGUUCUGCUGCUACUGUCCGCGGGCUACUAUCUAAUCAAGGCUGCGAUCGUGUCCAGGUACACGUGUAGCAUGCAGCUGGAGAUCAAGCAACGCGAGAAAAUGAAGAGGAGGAGAGCGUUGCAGCUGAUACUGUUUCUGAAAGUCAGCAUGAUAGUCGGCGUAGUGGCUGGUUGCGGGAUCGCGUCCAGGGUUUGGAAAGUUCCCUUCCUCUGGGCUAUCUUCUGUACCGGACAUUCCUUGCAGGGUCUGGCCGUAGCGUUGUCCGUCGCGUGCAACUGCAGGGUUCUAAAGGUCUACGCCAGGAAAUCUUACAGGCAACCGAAGCAGCAGAUCGCGCGAUCGAGUAGCAGCAUGCAGUUGCUCGCACCAGCACCGGACCCAGUCUAGAUCUCGAAGACGGUGCUUUGGACGAGCUCCGCCACGGAAAGAAACGAACGAAACGGCGGACAUCCGCGAGAACCACCAUAUCCAAGAAUUUCAACUAUUUUUUCAAUCGAACC